CUUUGCGCCUUGUCUCCUUGGCACUACAUGUACCUUUGUCUGUGCACUACCUUCUCGCUGCUGUAUGUGCCACAAUGUCCCCCUGGGAUCGAUAAAGUCCAUCUUAAUCUUUUACUAAUGAGAGCAGCUCUGCCUACUGUGUGUUUUAACAGUUGAAUGGACAACGAGAGUCCAAAAGUAAACACUGCGCAAAUCAGGAACCCAGAAUCACAAGAUCCUGUUUCUCUUCUUGCUGGAAAUUGUCAUGCAGAUGGUGACAGGUUGUGGUGGAGAACUGGUGAUACGACGUGGUUUGUUUGUUGGGUGUUUUAGCAUCUAGAUGCGGCUGUCAGGAAGCAUCACUUUGCUCAUCCGGGAUUGAUCACCCUCAGCCCGCAAGGGAGACACAACCCCCAUCAGAGUAGUUUGUCCUGGCCCGCCACCCUCUUUGACGGAUGCGUAAGAUCCUGCCUGUCCACUCAGCUGUACAACUUCCAGAAUGACAGGCAGGGAGGAAAUGUCCGCUACUGUUAAGGGCGUGCCAAGUCACCCCCAAUGCUUGGGCUGAACGCACAGAACCCACAGCCUGAGAGAUGCCGCCGGUUCUGAGGGGGGUCAUGCGGACUCGCAAGUCUCAGGGAUGGGCCCGGGUGCUCCUGUGGGACCAACGGUCCAGUCUCCACAGCAAGCCGCCAAAAGAGCCAAUCGGACCGGGGAAAACCUGUUUUGCACUUUCUGUGUUUGGGGCCGCUCUCCUAGCGCCAGCCGGCUGGAUUGUGUACCAUAUCCCGGAAUAUCGCAAGAGGCCGCACCGUCCUCCCAAAUAAAACCCUAAGUGAUCCCACCUCCAACAGAUAGUUCUGACUGGAGCAUCUUUUGCUGAAACCCACUGUUGUUAUAACUCGUGCAAACACCCCCCCCCCAGGAGUGUCAUUCUUUAAUAAUCAAUAAAUGCUAGCUGGUA